UUUAAACCCUGCCCUGGCCGGGCCAGCUCAGCUAGGCUGGGCUCAGCUGGCCUGAGCUGGCCUCUGUGGGGCAGGGUUCAACUCUGUGGGGCUGUGUAGGGCUGGGCUCAGCUCUGUGGGGCUUGGCUUGGCUGGACUGGGUUGGGCUGUGUGGGUUAGGACCCGCCUCUCUGGGGCUGUGAAGGGCUGGGUUCGGUCCGACUCUGUAGCUUGCCUCUGUAGGGCAGGGCUCAGCUCUGUGGGGCUUGGCUGGGUUGGGCUGUGUAGGGCAGGCCUUGGCUCUGUGGGGCUGCUUUGGGCUGUGUAAGGCUGGGCUCAGCUCUGUGGGGCUGGGUUAUGUGGGACUGUAUAGAGUAGGGCUUGGCUCUGUGGGGCUGGGCUGUGCGGGACUGUAUAGAGUAGGGCUUGGCUCUGUGGGGCUGGGCUGUGAAGGGCUGGGCUCGGUUCUGGAGCUUGUCUCUGUGGGGCAAGGCUCAGCUCUGUGGGGCUGGGCAGGGCUGGGCUGUUUGGGGCUGUGCAGGGCAGGGCUCAGCACUGUGGGGCUGGGCUGGGCUUUGUGGGGCUGUCUGCCAGGCGGCCCCAUCCCUGUAGGUGCUGGGCCCCACAGCAGGAGAGGGGCCAGCCCCAGCUCCCCAUCCGUGACAGUGGCAGUUCCACUACAGGCCCUGCAGCCGGGCCAUGGGGCGAAGCCAUGGGAGGAGGUGAAGGUGAAGAUGAAGGAGCUGAACGAGCACAUCGUGUGCUGCCUGUGCGCCGGGUACUUCAUCGACGCCACCACCAUCACCGAGUGCCUGCACACGUUCUGCAAGAGCUGCAUCGUCAAGUACCUGCAGACCAGCAAGUACUGCCCCAUGUGCAACACCAAGAUCCACGAGACGCAGCCGCUGCUCAAUCUCAAGCUGGACCGUGUCAUGCAGGACAUUGUCUACAAGCUGGUGCCUGGCCUGCAAGAGAGUGAAGAGAAGAGGAUCCGGGAGUUCUACCAGUCCCGUGGCCUCGACCGGGUGACGCAGCCCAGCAGUGAGGACACGGUUGGGGGUGACCCCAUGGGGCUCCCCUACAGCACCUUCGAUCACUCCCGCGCCCACUACUUUCGCUACGACGAGCACGUCUCGCUCUGCCUGGAGAAGCAGAGCUCCAGCAAGGACAAGAGCAAGGCCGUGCUGCAGGUGAGCGGGGGUCCGUGCGGCUGCCCUGCCAGUUCACCGGGCCCCGAGCCCCCGGGCUCUGCCCAGACCUGGCCCCACAGCUCUUGCUCCGAGCUCAGCUUGCAGAAGUACGUGAGAUGCUCUGUGCGGGCGCAGAUCCGGCACCUGCGGAGGGUCCUGUGCCACCGCCUGGAGCUGCCGCUGCAACACGUGCAGAUCCUCUUCAACAACGAGGCUCUCCCCGACCACAUGACGAUGAAGCAGCUCUGGCUCUCGCGCUGGUUCGGCAAGCCUGCGCCCCUCCUGCUGCACUACAGCAUCAAGGACAAGAGGAGGUAGGGGCUGGGGGCGGGCGCUGCCCCCUCUGAGUGCAGCCCUACUUCUGCGCCCCCUGCCCCGCUCUGCUCCCCCUAACUUAAUACCCCUCCUGCUUGAGUUUAUUUUUUGAAUAAAAUUGUGGAAAAUCC